UGUCGGAGGGGCUAGCCAACUUUAGCUAUAGCACACAUCAACCAUUCACGACAUAAGAAGCUGAUUUGAAGCUGCAAAACGAAAAAGCAAGAAAAAGCAAAGGACUUCCAUUGGUAGCAGGGCAGUGCUGGAACAGAGGGGUGGUGAAUAAGGAAACAGGCUUUAUUAUCUUAUUCGUUAAACCUGUCUCUAUGAUUUUGUGGUUCCGUUCGUUUUAUGUAUGGGGUUUGGAACAGGACUAAGGCAAUAGUUGGAAUGGUCGUAAACCAAGUUCUUUAGCUGUAACAUUGUGAACAGAAAAACAUGAGCUCCUAUUUUGUGAACCCUCUCUUUUCCAAGUACAAAGGCGGUGAAACGUUGGAACCAACUUACUACGACUGCAGGUUCCCUCAAGGCGUCACCCGGAGCCACGCGCUGGUGUACGGUGCGGCGGCGCCGGGCUUUCAGCACCCGCCCCAUCACGUCCAAGACUUCUUCCACAAUGGGACGCCGGGGAUCUCCACACCAAGCUACCAGCAGAAUCCAUGCGCCUUGGCUUGUCAUGGAGAUGCCACUAAAUUGUAUGGAUACGAAGCCCUUCCGAGACACACGCUAUAUGGCACCCAACAAGAGGCGAGCGUGGCGCAAUACCCAGACUGUAAAUCGUCAAAUGGCACUAACCUCCGAGAAGGACAAGGCCACCUAAAUCAAAACCCGUCUCCUAGUCUCAUGUUUCCAUGGAUGAGACCGCACGCCCCCGGAAGACGCAGUGGCCGACAGACCUACAGUCGAUACCAAACACUGGAGUUGGAGAAGGAAUUUCUCUACAACCCUUACCUCACCCGUAAGCGUCGGAUAGAGGUGUCUCACGCUUUAGGGCUGACGGAGAGGCAGGUUAAGAUUUGGUUCCAAAACCGACGGAUGAAGUGGAAAAAGGAGAACAACAAGGACAAAUUUCCGGGCCAAAGAGGAGAGGCGGAGGCCGAGGGAGAGGCAGAGGGCGAGGGUGAGUGCGAAGAUGAAGGCAACGAUGACGGUGAAGGAGAAGGAGACAAAAAGGAAACAGGAGAGGAAGAAGACACGAAAGAGUGAUUUGAAUUGCUAUUUUUUUAUGAUUAUAUGGCUUAAAAGUUGAAAGAUGGUAGAGAGAGAGAGAUCACAUUUUAUGACCACCGUUUUAUUGAGUCAACAAGUAAUAAAAAUCCUUUAAAGACACAUUUAAAAAUAUAUUCCAUGAUACUGACGACGGAUCAGCUUCUAUAGAGAUAUUACCAUUUAUGGCUGCACAUAGGCUAUUGAGGCAGCUUAUUAUGCUUACCCAUUUUACAUUUUAGUCAUUUAGCAGACGCUCUUAUCCAGAGCGACUUACAGUUAGUGAGUGCAUACAUUUUCA